UUGAUUUCAGUUAGCUUAUGAUCAAAGAGUUCAAGAAAAACUGAGAAUGGAAAUCAAGGAGAAUAUGAACGAUGAUGGAGAAAUCAAUUUCAAGACCUUGAUGAAUCUAGAAUAUUUGGAUCAAUGUAUAAGUGAAUCAAUUCGAAUUUUCAGCCCGAAUCCAAUUUUGUCAAAAAUUUGCACUGAAGAAAUUGAUCUUGAAAUCAACGAAAACCAAAGUACAAAAAUCCAGCCUGGAAUGAUUGUUCACAUUCCAUGUUUUUCAUACCAUCAUGAUCCGGAAUUUUAUCCUGAUCCAGAAGAAUUCAUUCCAGAACGUUUUGAUAAUGGUCAAGCGAAGAAAUUUAGUCAACAAGGACAAUUCAUUCCAUUUAGUGAUGGUCCACGAAUUUGUGCAGGACUUCGAUUGGCACAAAUGCAAUGUAAAGCAAGUAUUUUUGACAUUAUUAAAAAUUUCGAAUUGAAAGCCUGUAAGCAAACUCAGUAUCCCAAAUACUUGAGUAGAUCUUCACCAAGAUAUUACUUGACUGGAGACAUCGAUAUUAAGUUUAUACCUGUGUAAACUGAAAAUCCAUUAGUUUUAUUGUGUAUUACCGAGA